UAGAGAAGAUUCCCCCAUUUUAGGAAUGUACCGUUCCGAACGGCGCCCAUUGUGACCUGUCACCCUUGCCCCGGUAACCGGAGUCAUGGCGCUUUUCGGGAUGGAUGUGUAUCUGCAUGUUCUCCUCGAAUCCGCAUUUAAAGUUUCGGAUUAUGUCACGUCGAUUGAAGAGAGUUUCAACACGUACAUUGAGCAGAAUGGUUAUCCGCCGCACCAGUUGUUCCUGUUCACCAUCGCCGUCACACUGUUGAUGGUAUGGCUCUACAGGUUCUUCUUCAUGCAUGAGCUCAGCAUGUGGGAGAGAUUCAAGCUGUCGCUUUUCAAGACAGUUAGGAGGCUGCCCUACUUUGGGCCACAGAUCCAGAGGGAGGUUGAAAAGACCCUUGACAAGAUGGCGGGGUCGAUGUUCCAGCUGCCCCCGGGGAUGAAGUACGUCUACGGGCUGCCCGAGAACGGCCUGUCUGAGGACCAGGUCAUGCGGGCCGUCAAGGGCUACCAGCAGCUCGGCCACGUUGACUGGAAAAAAGGAAAUGUUUCGGGCACUGUUUACAGUGGACAGCCUGAGCUGACGCAGCUCUGCACCAAGGUGUACGGCGAGUUUGCGUGGUCCAACCCGCUGCACCCAGACGUGUUCCCCGGCGUACGCAAGAUGGAGGCAGAGGUCGUGGCCAUGACCUUGAAGAUGUUCAACGCCGGAGCGAACGCCUGCGGCGCGAUGACCUCUGGCGGCACAGAGAGCAUCCUGAUGGCCUGCCUGGCCUACAGGAACAUGGCUAAGGAGCGCGGUGUCACCCUGCCCGAGAUUAUUGCCCCCUUCAGUGUGCACGCUGCGUUCGACAAGGCUGCCCACUAUUUCGGCAUGAGGAUCAUUCACGUCAGGAUGGACCCCAAGUCUUGGAAGGUCAACAUCAAGGCCAUGCGGAGGUCCAUCAGCAGCAGCACCUGCAUGCUGGUCGGAUCUGCCCCACAGUUCCCACAUGGUAUCAUCGACCCCAUCGCUGACAUUGCCAAGCUCGGCAAGCGUUACGGGAUCCCCGUGCACGUGGACGCCUGCCUUGGAGGCUUCCUGCUCCCCUUCAUGGGGAAGGCUGGGUUUGAGCUGCCCCCGUUUGACUUCCGUCUGGACGGGGUGACCAGCAUCUCCGCUGACACUCACAAGUAUGGCUUUGCCCCGAAGGGCUCGAGCGUUGUGCUGUACAGCGAUAAGAAGUACCGCCACUCCCAGUACUUCGUGCAGCCCAACUGGCCGGGAGGUGUGUAUGCCACCGGAACCAUGGCCGGCAGCCGCGCGGGCGCCAUCGUCGCCGCGUGCUGGGCAACCAUGAUGAACAUUGGAGAGGACGGCUACGUUGAGAGCACCAAGAAGAUCGUGAAGGCCGCCCGCUACAUCGCCAAGGAACUGAAGAAGAUCGACGGAAUCUUCGUGUUCGGCGAGCCUGAGGUCAGCGUGGUCGCCUUCGGAUCCGAGGUGUUUGACAUCUACAGGGUGUCCAACACUCUCACCGCCAAGGGCUGGAACCUGAACUCACUGCAGUUCCCAUCAAGCAUCCACCUGUGCUGCACGCUGUGCCACACCCUUCCCGGCGUCACCGACCGCUUCAUCAACGACGUGAAGAACGCCGUGGCCGACGCCCUGGCCGACCCGCAGGCAAAGACAACCGGACAGGGUGCCAUCUACGGAAUGGCUCAGAGCGUGCCAGACCGCAAGAUCAUCGCUGACAUUGCCUGGGGAUACCUCGACUGUGUGUACGACAUCAAGCGCAAGGACAAGGAUGGGCCUGUCAACGGCAUGCAUCACUGAGGUGCUAAGUGGCCUUGGAUUUUAAUCAGCAGCCCCAGAGAGGCUGUAAAGGGCCUUGGAUAAAUGUUAAACUGUACCCACGUUUCCAAAUAGCUGACAGUGAAGAAAAUGUCAUAUGGAUUUUGCAACUUACUUAAGGCCACACCAAUUUAUGUUUUUGGUUCUCAGUUUUUUAAAGAUAUCAUAAACUGGAGGACCAUAAUAAAAGCACAUCCUGUGGAAAACAUUUAUGCCUUAGGUGCACUCAGUUUUAUGGAAUAAAGACAGUCAAGUUUUUUUCUCCCACCCCACUGCUUUUAUGAUGUCUGCUUGCCAUAUUUUCACCUUAAAGUUUCUGAGAACCAAGUAGAUAAAUUGGUGUGGCCUUAUGUGUGAACUUCACCCAUAUUUUGUAAGUCAUACAAAAAUUCUCUCACAUCUUAGCGUCAGUACCUUUGUCCAGCUCAGCAUAAGCAGAUGUAAAUCACGGUCCUGAAAAGUU